AUGAGAAGAAGAGAAGCAAUCAAACUAGGAGCUCCUUCAACGGAUUUCCUAGUGUGCUUCCCUCCUAGGGCCCACUUACAGCUGAUGCCGAAGCCGGUUAGUAGCCCGGCAAGACCCUCGGAACCCAGCAAACUCCACCCCCAUUCCCACCACCAACACCAGCUGCUGCGGCACCGCCAUUGCCGGUCCAAGUCUUUCAGCAAAGGUGCCCAAGCAAGCCCUGUCUUGUGGGUCAAAACCAAGCAAAUUGGCCCGGUGACGUCUGAGCCGACCUCCCCGAAAGUCACAUGCGCCGGGCAGAUCAAGGUCAGGACCAAGACUGGAGCUUGCAAGAGCUGGCAGUCGGUGAUGGCAGAGAUCGAAAGGAUUCACAACGAUGACAAGCGUAAGAAGAGGCCAACGUGGGGGGAGGCGCUUGGCUUCAACAAGGACAUAAUGCAGUUCUUGACAUGUUUGAGGAACAUAAAGUUUAAAUUUCGAUGUUUUGGCUCUUUUCCUGAUGCACAGAUCACUAGUGAUGAGGAAGUUGAUGAAGACGACGAAUGCCGUGACCAUGACGACGACCGCGCGGCGACAGACAGAAAUGAUAGCAGCGAGACUUCAAGGACCGCAUUCUCUAAAUGGUUUACGUUGUUACAGGAGGGCAAUACCAAGAUCAAAGACUUGUCCAAACACGACAGGAAAGAGAAAGGAAGGUCUUGGGAUGAUGGGUGUUUUGAUGCACCUGUUGCUCCUCCGCCAAAUGCUCUGCUGCUUAUGCGGUGUCGGUCUGCUCCGGCCAAGGCCUGGCUGGUUGAAAGAGAAGAACAAGAACAUGAGCAAGACGCGGAUAGAGAAAUAGAGACUAAGAAGAACUUGAAGUUGCUAAUCGACGAGGCAAAGAGGGAAGAAGAGGAGGAGAGGAAGCAGAAAGAGUGCUUCAUGAUGAGAUACGAUGCAGAUUACUAUAAUAUCUCAACCGAUAUCGCAAAGGAAACUUGGAUAUUCUGUCUUUCCAAGGGACAGAUGACUGCUAAUACCAAUCUCGAGAAGUAUUGUCGUUUUCGUCCACGGUUUAACAUUGAUUGCAACUGUACAGCUUCCUGGUAUCCUAUCAGCAUCAGUGUAAAUCUUGGAUUGUACUCAUUGACCUAUAUAAAGAUUGCGUUGCUUCGAUUGUUUGAUUCUCCAACAUCUUCUGCAUAUUCUGUAACAUUUUGA